AUGGCUCUAGAUGCCAAAAUUGCAGCUUUUAUAACAGAAAUAGUUCAAACUGAGUCAAAAGAAGAGCAACCUGUUCAGAUACUUAAUAAGUCAGACUACUACACACAUAAAUUAGAAACUGAAAAAAGAAAAGGAGAAGGUCUUGAUGAUAAAAUCAGAAGAAUAAGAGAAAAAAUUGCAAGAAGACAAGAAGAAAUGAAAAACACAAUAGGGUGGAAGAAGGAAGAGCACAAAGCAUUUAACAAAGUCAAUUCUUUAGAAACGCAGCUUGAGCAUACAAAAAUAAGACUCAGUCAGUUAAAAAGUGACAAUGAACAUCUGAGAGAGCAAAUUCAAUUAAUAAGAAGAAACAAUAUGGGCGCUGCUCGAGAAACCAGGAACAUUUCUUUUGAAAUUAUGAAAUCUAGAAACUUAGCGGAAUCGUUUAAUGGUAAUUCAGUCAGAAACAAAAGCUUGAUUCUAAGCACUAGAAACAAAGCUCAAAGACUAAACCAAAGAUUCAAGGCUGACCAAUCUGAAAUGAGCUUUACAGAGUCAAGGUUAGAAGAUGAGCUGCAGGAAAGAUCCAAAUCUAUUUCACCAAUGCCUUUACAAAGAGCAAGAACGCCUUUCCACGAGAUUUCGGAUCAUUUAAAGGUUCUUAAAUUCUUGAGUAGAAAAUGGACAAGAAAAGUGGGAGAGAAAACUGAAUUAAUCAAAGAUUAUGAUCAACAGCUCAAGGAAUAUAGUCUAGCGUUGACUGCUAUGGGCGCCUCAAUUUGCUCUAAAUAAAAUUAAAUUAAAAGAUUAAAUUAGCCAUAAGCUGGCAAGCCCACUAGCCUUUACCUCGGUUCGGCUCCAAGAAUAGCCGCUUCCAUUAAUCUUGGUGCUCGAAUAAGAAAAAUGAAGGUUGCCCUUUUGGAUUUUCGGCCUGAACCGCCUAUUCAAGGGAUCAACUCCCUAGGGCAGAGCCGCCCCUGUAGAGUGUCCCAAUGAUCCAGACAUGCGAUAGGAAAAAACCUGUCUAGCCCAACUGCCAGGGCAAAAAAAAACUUGGGGAGAGCAAAGCUAACCUCUUCACCAAGUCAUCCCUAAGCCUGGAAGGUCUACUUCAAAAAAGGGACAGAGGCUCUAUUUUCAGCUUAAUCAAGAUUGGUCCUACCUUCUCCAUAGGAGUGUGCCUCGGAUUCUAAUUUCUAUAAAUGUCACCAUUUAUUUCUAAUUUGCUCAAGGAACGUUAAAGAAAUCGCCAAAGCAAACUUGAAUAGUUAUGAACAAGAAAUUAUGCUAAGAUGCAAUUUGCUUCAACUUAAUGAACAAAAUGAAGUUUUUGAGCAUGAACUUGGAAAUAUUCAUGAAAAAAUCCAGUACGUAAAAAAUGCUGCACUAAAUAUAGAUACAGGCAAAAGCGAUUUUCUAGCAAAAAAGCAAGCUGAGUUAUCUAACUUGAAAAACAAAAUUCAGCAAUGUGGGUCAAAGUAUGUAUCAAUAGAAGAUGACUUUAAGUAUCUGUCAAAAGCUGUACUUGAAAUGCUUAAAAAAUUGCAAAGCCUGGGAAUUCAAGCUUUUUCUCAAAAGUUUUUAGAAGAUCCUGAGCUAACCUACACAAACAUAAUAUUGCACUUGAGCAAACUUGAGGAAGUUCUAUAUGUGUUUGGGUCAUCUUAUAACUCUUCUCGAGAGGAGAAUCGCUAUAGAUUUACUCCAGAGCCAGGAUCUUAUGUUUCAGUUACUCCUCAAGGGUAUUCAAGAGUUCAUACUAAUAUAUGUGAAUUAGAGAUUGAUUUGUCUGACUAUGAAGAACAUUCUCAGCCACUGACAGUAUCUGAAUUCAGGCAAAAAGCACUAUCUCAAUUAAAUCUUUAUUAA